AUGCGCGAGGUCAACUUCAGCAUCCCAAACGCAAACAAGGCGUCGGUGGGCAUUACGACUGCCUUAUACGACCGUCGAGCGCUGGACUGUACUUCUACCCUCCCACUGAUCAAUUCUCUCAACAAUCUCGCCUACCUCACCACCUCCUYAGGCCGCAUCCGGGACAUCUUGACCGUCGAUGGCGGCAUUGAACGUCUGGUAUGCAUUCUCAAGGAGGGCCGCAGUAAGGAUAUGAUGGAGAUGUGGAAGUGGAAUCUGGCCUUUCAAUGCAUAGUCAACAUUGGCGUCAGAGGCUCAGAAGCUGUGCGGACACGCGUGGUUGAGGCUGACAUGGUCCCGGUCAUUGCUACCAUCCUUGACAACUACUUCCAAGUCAUUGAGAAGAGCAAGGAGAGGCUUGAGUCAGAAAGUCGACGGAAGUGCCCCUUCAGUGGCUCCCGCAGCUUCUCGCGCUCCUCUGGUCGGGCUGAAAAUACAGAAGGACGCUCUGGCAGGAGCAGACGACACAUACCACCUCCGAUAGCCAUCCCAGAACCGAGAGCGCCCGACGAAAACGACGAACCCGCGAGCGACACAACACCCACAGCGUACACCGCGAACCUCUCCCUCAGCUCUCCCCCUGAGCGAACAGUAUUUCCCCGCCAGGUUCCCCACCAAAGAUCAACUCCCGCUCGGCCUCAAUUCUCGUCACCCAGCAUUCCGAGCAGUCGACAAAUUGACACACCUGUUUCUGCGAUGACCUUGCAAAGUCACUCCAACACUGGGUUCGUCAGACCGGUACGGGAUGUGGAUAGACUGCCAUCCAUGGUACCCGCGGUACACGCCGAGCUCAGUUCGCGCCCUCAAUCRCCAACAACACCAGGCGCUCCCAUUCUACGAGCGGAAAGCCCGCGAGUCGUCACUGCGAGUGGUAGCAGGCCACGACGUCGCCCAUCAAUCCGUCACCAGCUAUCAAUUUCCGGCUCCGACGAUGAUGGACAGAUGGAGGAGAAUGUCUCGGAUGAUUCAAAUGGGAAUGACGGAGAGCCCAUGGUCGGCAUCCAAACCGACAUCUCAAUGCAAGAUAUUACAAACAACGAUGGUCUGCUGGAUGCGCAAGGAGCACUCACCGUUCCCGAUGCGUCGGGCGACGACACCGAGACCUUCAACAUCACACACAGGUCUGCUGUAGAUGGCAGUCUCGCGACGCCCACGCAAGGACAGAUGACCUUGCCACAAACACAAAUAGCUCCUCCUGUCAACGCAGUCAACGCGACGCCUCCAAGCUUGCAAACACCUGCAUGGUUCCCUUCCCGAGGCCUACCCCUGGACAGGCCACCGCCAGCUUUGGCCGCGAUGCCUCGCGAUGAGGAUGUGCUCAUGUCACUUCAACUCCUGGCAUACGUUUCCAAAUACUGCAAUCUCAGGUCCUACUUCCAGCGAUCACAUCUCGUGCCCCGGCUCAAGAUUGGACACGAUCUUCACAUGCUCGAUCCGGAUUACAACCCGGCCACCCACACUGGUCCCACCAAAGAGCAGUUGGCAGAGGAGUGGGAUAAUGAAUUCGUCCGAAAGCCCGACGAACAACCCUACAACAUCUUUCCUCUUAUUGAAAAGUUCACCGCCAAACCCUCGGCUUCGCGGAAUAACCCACCCACAUCACCUCAACAAGGCGACAUGCAGUACUGGGCAGGUGUUGUUAUGCGCAACCUUUGUCGAAAGGAUGACAGCCGCGGUGGCAUCAGACAAUGUGCAUACUGGCAGUGCGGCAAGUGGGAAGCGUACACACGCCAGUUCGCUAAGUGUCGACGCUGUCGACGAACCAAGUACUGCAGCAAAGAAUGCCAAAAAGGUGCGUGGGGCAGUCAUCGAUUUUGGUGUGUUGCCGCCGAUGAUGGCAACCAAGACGCGGCCGGUACAAGUGAGCACCGCCACAGGCAUCGCUCCCAUAAUCACCACCACCAUCAUUGA